AUGUCUCAAGUCAUGUUUUCAUUUUGCCUCAUCCUUGUUGUGGUGGGAAUGAUGGCAAACGCCACGGUUCUGUGGUUUCUGGGCUUCCGCUUGCACAGGAACGCCUUCUCUGUCUACAUCCUCAACCUGGCCGUGGCUGACUUCCUCUUCCUCUGCUUUCAGUUUGUCUUUUGCCUUCUUACUUUCAUUGACAUCUUCUACACCAUUUCCAUCUACAUCCCUCUGUUUUCUGUUGCUGUGUCGAUAUUUGCUUAUUUCUGUGGGAUGAACAUUCUCAGCGUCAUCAGCAUCGAGCGCUGCCUGUCUGUCAUGUGGCCCAUCUGGUAUCGCUGCCAACGCCCCAAGCACACGUCAGCUGUCAUGUGUGCGUUCAUUUGGGCUCUGUCUCUGCUGCUGACUCUCCUGGAUGGGAAGACAUGUGGCGUGCCAUUAAGUAGCUCUGACAUGUUUUGGUGUCGGAUAUUCGAUUUCGCCAUGACUGUAUGGUCAGCGGCUUUAGUCGUGGUUCUCUGUGGGUCCAACCUCACCCUGCUGGUGAGGGUCUUCUGUGGCUCACGCAGGGUUUCUGUGACCAGGCUGUAUGUGAUCAUCGUACUCACAGUGCUGUUCUUCCUGCUCUUUGGUCUUCCCUUGGGGAUCUACUGUCUCUUCCACAAAUGGAUUGGGGACUUACAUUAUGUUCAAAUUUGCGAUUUUUAUUUUGUGACGCUAUUCCUAUCCUGUGUUAACAGCUGUGCCAACCCCAUCAUUUACUUCUUUGUUGGCUCCAUCAGACACCGUAGGCCCCAGCAGAAGACUCUGAAGCUGUGUCUGCAGCGAGCCCUGCAGGACACCGCUGAGGAGGAGGAAAGUGGAGAGAGAGGUUCUUUGGGAGAGCCUGGAGAACUGUAA